AUGGAAAAAGGUGGUGCACUUCAAGCGCCGGGCACUUCUGCGGUCGCCGUAGCCAAUGCAACCGACAGCAUCAACAUGGAAAAGACGUUCUCAGUUCCUCACUUACCACUGUCAGCGCCGGAAGGUUCUGUGGACACCAAAGACGAUAAAUGGACACACAUGAGUAACAUCCCGCCCACAGAAACCAAGUCGAGAGCGGUGAAUGUACUGAUUGGUUGUGAUGUAUCAGAAGCGCAUUAUUCAUUGGAACAACGACCGAGUGGAUCAAUGACGCAGCGCGUGUUACUGGUGGACGAAAUACGUUUUAUGCAGGAUAAAGAAUUACACUACUGUGUGACAACGAAAAGUGUGCAACCGCUAGACGAUCGUACAGAUGUGAUCAGUGCAUUUACGCUCCCUGCUGAUGGGCAUCUAGAGGUGCCGAUGACGUGGAAAGUAAGCAAGUUCGAACUACCAAACAGUUAUGCAACAUUGUUUGCCUCGUGCAGUGCUGAUUCCGUGAUGGCCAAGUCUCGGCCCCUUACGAACAGCAAGAUGUCAUGGAAAGUACUCCAGUGGGAGAGGGACCUUCGCCAUCGCGCGCCAUCCGUCAAGGAAGCACUUGAUGAGCUCACUUUGAUUCGCGUUUUGGGCUCUAAUCACGGUGAUAUGUGA